AUGGAAACCACGAAAUCACCCGCAUCCGUCAUUGUGAUUGGUGCUGGAGCCGGCGGUAUCGCUGCGGCGGCUCGGUUGGCCCUUGAAGGCUUCCAGGUGAAAGUGGUCGAGAAAAAUAAUUUUGUUGGAGGUAGAUGCUCACUUCUUCACAAAGAUGGAUAUAGAUACGACCAAGGUCCCUCUCUAGUGCUUAUGCCGGAGUUCUUCCGCCAGGCAUUCCAGGAGCUAGGCACUUCUUUGGAGAACGAAGGUAUUCAUAUGCUUGAGUGUGAGCCCAACUACUGCAUCUGGUUUCCAGAUCAUGAUCACAUCGAGCUCUCCCGCGACAUCCCCCGUCUCAAAGCGCAGAUCGAGUUUCAUGAGGGGCCAAGGGGGUUCAGCCGUUUCUGUACUUUCCUCGCCGAAUCGGGCCUGCAAUAUGAGCUUUGUAAGGAGAGUGUCUUCAAUCAAAGUUUUCCCACCCUAAGAAGCAUGUUCCAUUCGGCGCUUUUCAAAGGUUUCCUUUAUAUCCGGCCUUGGACAAGCAUGUACAGCCAAGCAGCCAAAUAUUUCCGAUCGGAAAAGAUGCGUCGCGUUUGGAGUUUCGAAAGCAUGUAUCUCGGGAUAAGCCCUUAUCGCGCCCUAGGUGCCUUCAGUCUAUUGCCUUACAUUGAGAUGACUGAUGGAAUCUGGUAUCCGAGAGGGGGCUUUCAGCGCGUGUUACAUGCCCUCAGUAGAGUGGGACGUCGCCUUGGGGUAGAGUACUUAUUGGAUAGCCCGGUAGCCAAGAUUGAGCUCAGUGAUGAUAAUGCAAAAGCAACAGGUGUGCGUUUGGAGUCCGGCGAGGUUCUACGAGCUGAUAUCGUUGUGGUGAAUGCUGAUUUGGUCUAUGCUUAUAACCAUCUUCUGCCUCCCUCCCCCAAAGCUGAACGCCUACGCAAGCGGUCUACCUCUUGCAGUAGCAUCUCAUUCUACUGGGCCUUCAAUGAGCAGAUUCCUGAGCUUCGACCUCAUAACGUGUUCCUGGCAGGCCAGUUUCGCGAGAGCUUUGAUAGAAUCUUUAACGAUCAUGACGUGCCGGAAGACUUUUCCUUCUAUGUCAAUGUUCCCAGCCGGGUAGAUGUGACAGCUGCCCCAGCAGGGAAGGAAUCCGUCAUGGUUCUCGUCCCGGUCGGUCGAUUAGUUGACACCCUGGGUCCCGAUGAACAAGAAAAACGGUGGAAUGAAUUAGUAGCUCAAACGCGCAACAUUGUCCUUGACACAAUCGAAGCACGUACAGGAGCCCGCAAUCUGCGUGAAAAGCUUGUCCACGAGCUUGUGAACAGUCCUCUUACGUGGCGUGAAAAGUUCAACUUGGAUCGCGGAGCCAUUCUAGGCUUGUCUCAUGACUUUGACAACGUUCUUUGGUUUCGUCCGCAUAUGAAACAUCCCGCUAUUCAAAGCUUGUAUUUCACGGGCUGCAGUACACAUCCAGGCGCAGGAGUUCCCGCAUGUCUGCUCAGUGGCAAGUUCGUGGUCCAACAGAUAAUGGAAGACUGGAUGGAAGCGAAAGCUACCACCAGGGAUUAUAGACUAUGGGUAAUGUUGGCAAUGGCGUUUGGGCUUCUGACGGCUCUGUCUUUAGCAAAGUCGUCCUACUUGUCGUAG